GCAGGGCUACUCUCUUCCCCCUGCAUGUUCUGAUGAGCCUGGGGGUAUGAACCAGACUGCCAACAAUGUAGCAGUCAAGCACAUUGAAACCCCUCAACCUCCUCGUCUUCAGGAUAGCCUCAACCCCCGUGCUGGAAGCCAUGUCUUGCACACAGAGAAUAACUUUGAACAGGAGAUAUUUUCUGGAAUAGCCAAACAGGUACAUCAGCGAGAUCCACGGAACCACGAUCGCAUCAUCAUGGACAACAAUUCAGAGUACCAAAAGAACCUUCAAGACUUUUUCCCCUGUGGUCCAGAUAAGUGGACAAAGGCUUCAGCAGAAACCAUGCACAAUGAGACACAAGGAAUGCGACGGGUGGAGAAAGGUACUCGGCGGUGGGUGGACCUGCCUACCACUGCUGACUAUGCAACAGAGUUGGGUCUGAAACCUCCUGACUACAGCGGGAAGGACACAGAGGUGCCCAGACAGCAACCCCACUACAACCCUAUGGCCGAGCUCUCCUCCUUACGUUACGCAGUGGAGGGAUGGAGGAGUGCCUGGAAGAUCAAGAUCACCUGGCAGAGUGUGACUAUUGAAGGCUUGAAGAGGGCCCUUAAAGACCUGCACUACCACGUUCGCCUGUCAGCCAUAGCCACUUGUGCAUCAGGGGCAGUGAACAGACCGAGGGAAAAGCAACAUCCCACAGAUGCAGGUCAGUAUGGCCGUGUGUGGGACAUCCAGCCAGUUCCUCAGGAGCUCCAGCCUCUUCUUCUCCUAGCUCUGGAUGACCCUGUGAAGAGAGUUCAGAUGGCAGCAGCAGUGUGCCAGUACGCCAUGGGGACGCCAGACUCCCGAGCCCGCGUAAUCCUCUGCAAUGCACUACAUCAAGACUCUGCAGGUGUAGGUGCAGACAGCUGGGUGGCAGCACAGUGCCUGGCCGUGGAGGGGGAUUACAGUCGGCCAGUCAUUCAGAGACUUCUCUCCCAGCACUUCGUCAGUGAGGUUCACACAGAUCAUAAACAGUCAGCCGCUCUACUUGCCAGCAUCAGUAGCAAGACAACUCUAGUUCGCUCUCUGCUGGCUGAGGAGUUGAAUUGUGCCAACUGGAGGACCAGACUAUUGGCUUGCAACACUAUCUCCCAAUUGAAAGGACCAAUUAAUAAGGACCUUGCAAACAAGUUGAUCUACCUGAUGUGGAAUGACUGGAGUGGUAACGUGAAGCAGGCUGCAGCCCAGGCCCUGGGGAAACUAGGAAUGGGAAGAGAUGUGCACAACGAGCUGAGAAUGAAGCUUGAGGAAGGUCCCGCCUCCUGGAGGGUGGAGGCUCUCAUCCUCAUAGCUCAUCUACAGAUCAUGACCGCCAAGCUGCUGCCACCCUUUCUGAAAUGUUUCAAUGACAACUUUGUGGCCGUGAGGAAACAGGCCUGUCUGACUGCUGCAGCUCUAAUUAUGAAGUACAGCAUGGUCUUGAAUCAGCUGAUUCAGCUAACACAGAAUGACCCAGCAUGGGAGGUUAAAGUUGUUGCAAUCAGUGCCUUAGGGAAGAUAGGUUGCCUCACGCCGACCCUCCAGGACCACCUCCUCUGGGCUUUACAUCAUGAGGAGAAACCCCAGGUACGCAUCGCCGCCUGCCAGGCCCUAAAGAUCCUUAAAGUGAAGGGACCAGAGCUGCAGAACCUCCUACAGGAGCGGUUUGUACUGGAACCCCACCCCCAGGUCCAUAGGCAUAUACAGAGGCUCCUCAAAAACUAUGGCUACAGUAUUGAUGGAGACAGGGGCAUGGUCCACAAAAUCAAAGAUCAGGUUCAGAGGCUAUGCACCAAGAGCAUCAUCACAGACAAAGUGCUGUUGAUGGAGAAGCUGGAGAACAUGUACCAGCAACAGAGGAAGUAUCUGGUAAAUGAGAGCCGGCCGGACACUACACCAAUAUCACAGCUGCUGCAGGAACGCUACAACAAGGAAGAUGCCCGAAAGAAAUGGAGAAACCUGAGGGAUGUGUUCACAAGGAAAGUGAAAGCAGAUCGGAUCCGUGGUGCCACAGGGAAGGCCCUAAAAAAAUGGAGAUAUAGUGAGUUAAUGGCAUUUCUGAUCCCAUACAUACAGCGAGGUAGAGGAACUGGCGGCAGCAAUAGCACAGAGGAGUUUGAUGAUGGAAAAGAUGACACAACUAGCACCUCUGACGUCCUGAUUGAUCUAGAUGGAAGUGUGGUUGAUACCAAGAUGUCACCACCUUUGGACAACAACUUACAUGAGAUGACAUGGAAAGAUUCCUGGCAAACAGCUGGACAAGGAGACAAUGAGGAUGAGAUGUUUUUCAUGAGCCUACUCCCUCACCUCAAGCGGUUACCUUACAGGAAAAAGUGUGCAAUUAAGCUGAAAUUUCACCAACUUCUCCACGAUGCUGAAUUUGAGGACACCGACUAGCCUAACUGUACAGUAAAUAUAUUUUGUAUCAACGAGUUGGGACUUUCUUAGGACAGAACAUUUUGUUGGAAAUACAUUUGAUCAAUUUCCAUUUAGUUACCUUGAGAAAGUGUCCAAUAGUGCUUCUUUGGAACCCCUCCCCCCACACACACAAACCUUCCAAGUUUGAGCCCACUGGUGAUGUUUCAGUGUGGUAGUGAUAGACAGGAGGGGGCUGUAGUACUUAACCAGACUAAGCUAGAAACAUUAUUUUUUGUUUAAAAUGUUUUCUUUCUCCUAAUAUGUGGAAAGGGCUGCUUUUAGCCAAGACCCUUUAUACAUGUAUUAUAUAUACGAACACAUGAAGAUGGUUUGUUACUUAGAAUUUUAUUUGUAUAAAAUAUUGUAACAAUGUUGGUCUGUUUAGUGUCACCUCUGGUCACAUUCAUACAGGCAUAGCCAAGAGAUGAUGUUUGGGGGUGGGGGCUAAUACAGGACGAGUAAAGGCCCAGUUCACUACUUUUAUUUUUUUAGGGGGUGCUUCAGCACCACUACUUCCCGUGGCUAUGCAUUUUGUUUGCUCCUGUAAUACUUUAGUCUGGUUGUAAAAAUAAAAACAGUUGAGUAAAUGUUCUCCAUGCUAGUGCAAUAGUUGCUCUUUUGACAAUUUAUAUUUUGUCUUUACUUUUUGAAGUUGGCUAUUUCAUUCAUGCAUUUUAGAAUGUUAUUGAGCUUAAUAAAAGUUGUGGUUUCA